AUGAUGCAGACAUCGGAUGGUUUUCUGAAGGACAACAACAAUGCAGCUCAGCGCCUGUUGGAUGGUGUGAACUACAUCUCCCAGAGUGUGUCAGAGCUCAGUGUGAAACCUGCCAAAGCUGUCACUUCCUGGCUCACCGACCAGAUCGCCCCGGCCUACUGGAAACCCAGCUCCCUCAUCCUGAAAUGUUCUAAGUGCAGUGAGGUGUUCCAGGACAACGAUACUAAGCACCACUGCCGUGCCUGUGGAGAGGGCUUCUGUGACGGCUGCUCCACCAAGAACCGUCUUGUUCCUGCGAGGGGCUGGAGGCUCGCCCCCGUACGGGUCUGUGAUGCCUGCUUCCUGAACCGGAGCGUCUCAGAAGAGCUGCUGGAGGAGGAGGAAGGCGGGACACUCAGUAGGAGAGGCUGUUCAGAAUACACUGGGAGCUGUGGUCACCGCUACAUACAUCCCUCUGGGCUAGGUGACCAGUUCUACCGGGAGGCCAUAGAACACUGUCGCAGCUACAACGCCCGUCUGUGUGCCGAGCGGAGCGUCCGUAUGCCCUUCCUGGACAACCAAACUGGCGUGGCCCAGAACAACUGCUACAUCUGGAUGGAACAGCGCCACCGCGGGCCAGGUCUGGGUGCUGGACAGAUGUAUGCGUACCCAGCUCGGUGUUGGAGGAAGAAGAGGCGGCUUCACCCCCCUAUGGACCCUCAGCUACGACUCUGUGAACUACGACUGGAGGCAGAGCUGGCCCCUAAGAGUGAGCCCUCCCCAGGAGAGGCCACAGCUUUGGAGACUCUGCUCAGAGGGGAGGGACAACUGGAUAAGAAGAAAGACAUCAUCAAGGAGGACGAGACCCUUCUGGAGAUACAGAGGGUCUUGGAGGCUGACGAGAAUGGGGACGAUUUUCAUCAUGACAAUGAGGACUUUGAAGUGGACACUCCGAAGAGGAAGCAGAGGAAAGGAAGGGGCCGAGGAUCCAGCCGCAGGAGGCCGGAGGCUGUGUCCAACGACGACGUGGAUAAACCUUACGUCUGUGACAACAGAUACAAACAAAAGCAUAACUCAAAAACUGCUGACUCAGUCUGUGGGAAGCGCUAUAAGAACCGUCCAGGUCUGAGCUACCACUACGCACACACACACCUGGCAGAGGAAGAGGGGGAGGAGAGGGAGGAGAGGGAGGAAGAGAUGCCACCGACCCCGCCACCACACCGACCAGACCCAGACCCCGACAACCACAAACCUCAGAGGGCGGCAGAUGGCUCCAUCAUCCCUAACGACUACUGUGACUUCUGUCUGGGAGACUCUGACUCUAACAGGAAGACUGGCCAGGCUGAGGAGCUGGUGUCCUGCUCUGACUGCGGUCGCUCCGGCCACCCAACCUGUCUGCAGUUCACAGACAACAUGAUGAUGGCGGUGAAGACCUACCAGUGGCAGUGCAUCGAGUGCAAGUCCUGCAGUCUCUGUGGCACCUCUGAAAACGACAUUGAACUGAACACAGUGCUCUACUAUGGCCCGUACGCCGCCGUGGCCCGUACGCCACCGUGGCCCGUACGCCGCCGUGGCCCGUACGCCGCCGUGGCCCGUACGCCGCCGUGGCCCGUACGCCGCCGUACCCCAUACACCACCGUACCCAUACACUACCGUGACCAAAAGUUUUAG